CGCUCGUGGCGAGUGGACUCAUUCGUCGUCGUCCUCGGGGUCUGGAAACCACCCACCCAAGGAGACUUUAAAGAUCUCGAAAAAGUGCUAAGGAUUAAGAAACCACCGACACAAACCCAAGCAUCAAUUAAGUUCAAGUGAAACCAGAAGGACUUCCCACAGUUUUGUUUUUAGUUAAGAGAAAAAGGCAUUUUCUUAAAAAAAAAAAAGUUCAAGUGAAACAAACAUAGAAAAGGAAUCAAACUUCUCUCCAAGGCAUUUCUUCCCAAAUUUCGAGUGAAUGAGUAAUCUGGAAUAUGUUGGACGUUAUUGUCUCUCCAAAGAUCUCUCACAUUGCAAGCAUGGCGCCGCAGUCUAGCAGUGUCGCUCCGCCCGUGUUUUGCAGCGACGAAAAGGCCACCGCGACGUCUUGCAAAAUGUGUUCAAAGUGCGGCCCCAUUGCAGCCACGACUAAGCCUGCAACAUCCAAUGCCACAGCUUCGUCGAGAGUCACAGUUCCCCUGACCACGAGAGGGAAUGGGCGGCCCGUUGAGGAGACGUACCGAGUGGGGCCAGUCCUCGGCAAGGGCGGCUUCGGGACAGUCUACUCCGGCUGGAGAGUGAGGGAUGGAGCCCCCGUCGCCAUCAAACAAGUUGCCAAAGCCAAAAUCACAGCAUGGGAAAUGGUGGGCGGGCGGCGCGCCCCGAGAGAGGUGGCCCUGCUGCUGCGCGUGGCCCACGUGGCCAACGUGGUCAAGCUCCUGGACUGGAUCGAGCGCGACGACUCCUUCCUGCUGGUGUUCGAGCGGCCCGAGCCCUGCAAGGACCUCUUCGACUACAUCACGGAGCGCAAGGUCAUCCCGGAGGCGGAGGCGCGGUCGCUCUUCAAGCAGGUGGUGGACAUCGUGCGCGACUGCCACGCCGCCGGAGUCAUCCACCGCGACAUCAAGGACGAGAACCUGCUGGUGACGUACGACUCGAAGGGGCGGCCGGUGCUCAAGCUGAUCGACUUCGGGUCGGGCGCGCUGCUGUCCGACAAGACGUACACGGACUUCGACGGCACGCGCGUGUACUCGCCGCCCGAGUGGAUCCGCUACAACCAGUACGAGGGCGUGCCGGCCACCGUGUGGUCGCUGGGCAUCCUGCUCUACGACCUGGUGUGCGGCGACAUCCCGUUCGAGCACGACGAGCAGAUCGUGGCGGCGCGCGUGCACUUCCGCUCGGCGGUGAGCGAGGAGUGCCAGUACCUGGUGCGCUGGUGCCUGCGGGUGCGGCCCACGGAGCGGCCGUCGCUGGACAGCAUCCUGCAGCACCCGUGGCUGUCGCCCCCGCCGCCGCCGCGGAUCCGCCACCCCGACCAGGCGUCGCUCGACAAGUGCUCCACGUCGUCCCAGGAGUCGCUUUGAUGGCGGCCCCCGCUAGUGGUGCUGUAACCCGCACCUGCGUUCUCUCCCCCCGCCCCGCCCCCGCCCCCGACGUGUCCUGACGGCGCCCCCUCCCGCCCCGCCCGCGUGGGCGUGACCCGGGCGGCGGCAGCGGCCCCCGCUCCUCGUGGGCGUCGAGGGCGCGCGGGGUCCUCCGCAUACCAAAGUGUGGGCUUGAGAAGCCCGCGUCUCAUCCUGGGGAUGUAAAAUGUAGGCGGCGCCGCUGUACAGUCACCUGCCGCCGCGCAGGUGUGUUGUCCCGGCCGGCGGUACUCAGGAUCUCCGGCCGUACGUAUGGUGCGGCCCGGCCCGGCCCGCCCUGGGCCGCAUCAUUUAUUUAUUGCCUGCAACCUCGCCAGGGGGCCUCCCCUGCCCUGACUCACUCGCUGUUGGCUCGCCCGCCAGCGCCCCGCCGCGGCGUGGGCGUGCGGGCGGGGCGACAGGAGCUGCAGCGUGGUGGUGGCUGCAGUGUGGGCGGCGCCGCUCGCGCCCACGCGCCACCACGACCUCACUCUCGCAAUGCCAAACAAUGCAGUCUCGGCUUUCUUCUCACGAAUGAGCUUCAGGCUUGGAAACCAAAGGUUAUUAUGUUACAAGUCCAGACUUUUCCCUGUAAAAAUGUAAAGGACUUAAUUUAUUUUGGUGCUUGAACUAUCCAUAUGAGCUUGUACAUAUUGUAAAAAGUUCUCUCCCCGUGUACAGAUUUGAUCAUAAGCCAUUGCUCAAGUGUGUAAGUUCUGUAUGAUAUCAAAAAGUCAAGUUUAAUGAUGUGGAAAACGUAAAUGUUUGUAGUACUAUUUGCUUGGACCCCGCCCCGCGUGUCCGCUCCCCUCACGAAACAGCAUAUCCCAAAGAUUGUCAUAAAAUUUCUCAUCGGCCCUGGAGGAGUCUCCCCUCGAACCCUCGCCACUGCCACGACCGCAAAGAAAACGGAAACUGUCGUCGUUUCCGAACCAUCCCUAUAAAUAAUAAUUAAAAAAAAUCCUUUCCAUUUGCCAUCCGAUCAUCGUCAGAACAUUGGUGUAUAAAAUAAUCGCACAUUAAAUCAUAAUAAAGAUAUAUAUAUAUAUAUAUAGUUUGAACAAACCUCUUGUUCGAACUGGCUCCAUGUUUGUCACUCAUAAUCUUCCCAAAUCUUGACUUAAUUUGUACAUUGCUUUAUUUAUUUAUUUAUUUAUUAUACAUUUCCUUGUGAGAGUUGUGUGCAGUGAGAGCGGGACUUGGGUUGAUCCAGGACUUUGCCGACUCUUAAUGGAUUAUUCUUUCUUAUUUUUAACUUUUUUUUUCUCUCCUAAUGAUGAUAAUUUGUUCUUCAACUGCAUAGAUGACCUAUUUCGAUUUAAAAAAAGAUCUUAUUGUUAAUUCUGAAUUGUAUGACAUUUAUUGGCAUUAUUACUCUUAAUUUGUUAUAUUGGCACUUCGUAAUUUCGUCGAAACGUUCAAAGUUCAGUGAACAAAACACAGAUUAUUUGACAGCGCCUCUGUCCUCUUGUGUAUACGUGACGUCAUCACUGGCGUCAUUAAUCCGCAUGUCAACCAGAAAAACGGCGCGCAGGUUUGGGUUUUGGGUGUACCAAGAUGGCCGCCGCCGCCUGCCCCUGCCGCGUUCGUGUAUUCUUAGUUAUUUUUCUUUUUCUCGGUUUUCUUCAUCAUUGCAUCUCCUGUUAUAGUUGUAUUUCUUGUAGGUGGAUUUCAAGAGCAGUGACAGAUUUUUUUUUUUUUUUAAAUAGAAAGAAACUUGAAUUAAUUUAUUUUUACGAUUGUUAUUUUUGUUUUUUUCUCUCUGCCUUUUCUGUCUCCUUUAUUUC